CUUGCUCGGGUGGGCUUUCCCCAAAUCUCGACCGGAGCUUGUCAGUGAGGCAACGAGUGAGCGAGCGAGCGGAGGGCUGCUUGAGUGCUGUUCGGCGCCGCGGACCCCCUCACAAUGGCGCUCCGGAAUGCCGCCGCAUCGUACUCUUCUUUUUCCCUUCUCGUGCCCGCACUAGGAAUUCUCUUUUGCGCCUUUCUGCCUCAGCCUGUUGCUCCGUGUCCGAGUCGAUGCCUUUGUUUUCGGACCACCGUCAGAUGUAUGCAUUUAAUGCUGGAAAAUGUACCUGCAGUAUCUCCUCAGACUACGAUCUUGGACUUAAGAUUUAACAGAAUAAAAGACAUUCAACCUGGUUCGUUUAGGAGGCUCAAAAAUCUCAAUACGCUGCUUCUGAACAAUAAUCUAAUUCGAAGAAUCCCAAGAAGUGCAUUUGAAGAUUUGGAAAACCUUAAAUAUCUCUAUUUGUACAAGAAUGAAAUCCAAUCAAUUGACAGGCAAGCAUUUAAGGGACUUGUCUCUCUAGAGCAACUGUAUCUUCAUUUCAAUCAGAUUGAAAGUUUAGAGCCUGAAUCCUUUUCAUACUUGCCAAAGCUUGAAAGACUGUUUUUGCACAACAACCGGAUUACUCAUGUUGAGUUGGGGACUUUUUCACAGUUACAGUCAAUGAAAAGACUCCGAUUGGACUCUAAUGCUUUGAACUGUGACUGUGACCUUCUCUGGCUCGCUGACCUACUGAAGCAAUAUGCGGAGUCUGGAAAUGCACAGGCUGCAGCUACCUGUGAAUACCCCAGGAGACUGCAAGGGAGAUCAGUUGCCACUUUGACAGCUGAGGAGCUGAACUGUGAAGUUCCAAGAAUCACUUCAGAGCCCCAAGAUGUGGAUGUUAUCUCAGGAAACACAGUCUACUUCACCUGCAGAGCAGAAGGCAACCCAAAACCUGAAAUUAUCUGGCUACGUAAUAAUAAUGAGCUGGACAUGAAGCAUGAUGAACGUUUAAAUUUGCUUGAGGAUGGGACAUUAAUGAUUCAGAACACCCAGGAGACUGAUCAAGGAGUUUAUCAAUGCAUGGCAAAAAAUGUUGCAGGGAAAGUGAAAACCCCUGAAGUUACCCUUCGUUACUUUGGUGCACCAUCAAGACCAAGUUUUGUAAUUCAGCCUCAGAACACAGAAGUGUUAGUGGGAGAGAGUGUGACGCUAGAAUGUAGUGCAACAGGCCAACCUCAUCCCCGGAUUUCUUGGACCAAAGGAGACCGAACUCCCUUGUCUAAUGAUGACCGCAUAACCAUCACAAACUCUGGGGGUCUCUACAUCCAGAAUGUCAACCAGGCAGACGGAGGACAAUAUAUUUGUUUUGCAAGCAAUAAUGCUGAUACUAUCCAAGCUACAGCCUACAUUAUUGUACAAGCAACACCUCAAUUCACAGUUUUUCCCCAAGACCAAACAGCACUGGAGGGAGUAACUGUUGACUUUGCCUGUGAAGCACAAGGAUAUCCUCGCCCAGUGAUAGCCUGGACAAGGGGUGGCAGCCCAUUGCCAAAUGACAGGAGACAUAUAGUUCUUUCUAGUGGAUCACUGCGAAUUUCUGGGGUUGCUCCACAUGACCAAGGACAGUAUGAAUGUCAAGCUGUUAAUAUUGUUGGUUCUGUUAGGACUGCAGUGCAGCUCUCUGUGCAACACAAAGUAACGCCUGUUUUUGCCAGUACACCAAGGGAUAUGACGGUGGAGUCAGGGAGUAAUGCGCAGAUUCCAUGCACUGCUCAUGGAGAACCAGAACCAGUAAUUACAUGGAACAAAGAUGGCGUACAAGUAACACAAAGUGGGAAAUUUCAUAUUAGCCCUGAUGGUUUUCUUGUAAUUCAAGAUGCUGGCCCUGCAGAUCAAGGUCGCUAUGAAUGUAUUGCCAGAAAUACUAUUGGAUAUUCCUCAGCUAGUAUGGUUCUAACUGUUUUGGUUCCAGAAAUAAGUCGAAAUGGAGAUCCUUUUGUGGCAACUUCGAUUAGAGCUGCAAUAGAUUCUAUUGACAGUGCAAUUGACUCCACACGUAGGAAUCUCUUUGACGGCAAUCCACGAACACCUAGUGAUCUUCUGGCCUUGUUCCGCUACCCAAGAGAUCCUUAUACAGUUGAGCAGGCAAGAGCUGGAGAAAUAUUUGAGCGGACUUUGCAGUUAAUUCAGGAGCAUGUUAAUAAAGGUUUAAUGGUUGACAUGAAUGGAACGGCUUUUCGCUACAAUGACCUAGUGUCGCCAAGAUUCUUGAAUAUGAUUGCCAACUUGUCUGGCUGUACGGCACACAGGCGGAUAAAUAACUGCUCCGAUAUCUGUUUUCAUCAGAAAUAUCGAAGUCACGAUGGCACCUGCAACAACCUUCAACACCCAAUGUGGGGAGCUUCACUUACAGCCUUUGAAAGGCUCCUCAAACCUGUCUAUGACAAUGGAUUUAACUUACCCCGAGGAGUCUACAGUGAGAGACAGAAUAACAGCCAUCCUUUGCCACUUCCACGCUUCGUUUCUACCUCUAUGAUUGGGACAGAAACUAUAACUCCUGAAGAAAAAUAUACUCACAUGCUUAUGCAGUGGGGGCAAUUUCUUGACCAUGAUCUUGACUCCACAGUGGCCGCCCUAAGUCAGUCAAGGUUUUCUGAUGGACAACAUUGCAGUUCAGUAUGCACUAAUGAUCCUCCUUGUUUCCCAAUUAUGUUUCCUCCUAAUGAUCCAAGGACACUUAGAAAUGGAGCCCGUUGCAUGUUCUUUGUCCGCUCUAGCCCUGUGUGUGGCAGUGGUAUGACUUCCCUUUUAAUGAACUCCGUUUAUCCCAGAGAACAGAUUAACCAGCUUACCUCCUAUAUUGAUGCAUCAAAUGUAUAUGGAAGUUCUGACCAUGAAUCAGAAGAAAUUCGUGAUUUAGCCAGUCAACGCGGACUACUUCGGCAAGGCAUUGUCCAACGCUCAGGAAAGCCUCUUUUACCAUUUGCUACUGGUCCUCCAACUGAGUGCAUGCGGGAUGAGAACGAGAGUCCUAUUCCAUGUUUCUUAGCUGGGGAUUUUCGAGCUAAUGAACAGCUUUGCUUGACAGCCAUGCAUACUCUGUGGUUUAGAGAGCAUAAUCGUAUAGCUACUGAGCUGCUCAGGCUCAACCCCCAUUGGGAUGGUGACACCAUCUAUCACGAGACACGAAAAAUUGUUGGUGCCCAAAUGCAACACAUUACUUACAGCCAUUGGCUUCCUAAAAUCUUUGGAGAAGUUGGGAUGAAAAUGAUGGGAGAGUACAAAGGCUAUGAUCCUAAUAUUAAUGCAGGAAUUUUCAAUGCCUUUGCAACAGCCGCCUUUCGUUUUGGUCACACAAUGAUUAAUCCUACACUUUACCGACUUGAUGAACAUUUUGAAGCUAUUCCUCAUGGUCAUAUUCCACUUCACAAAGCAUUUUUUUCCCCAUUUAGGAUUGUUAAUGAAGGGGGAAUUGACCCACUUUUGCGAGGUCUUUUUGCAGUUCCAGCAAAAAUGAGGGUCCCUUCUCAACUUCUGAACAAGGAACUUACAGAAAGACUUUUCUCAAUGGCUCAUGCAGUUGCACUAGACCUUGCAGCUAUGAAUAUCCAGAGAGGCAGAGACCAUGGAAUUCCUCCAUAUAAUGAUUACAGGGUGUUCUGCAAUUUGUCAUCGGCACAUACAUUUGAUGAUCUAAAGAACGAAAUAAAAAAUUCCACAAUAAGGCAAAAACUUGAAAGGCUUUACGGCAGCCCUCUGAAUAUUGAUUUAUUUCCAGCUUUAAUGGUGGAAGAUUUGGUUCCAGGUAGUAGACUUGGCCCAACUCUAACAUGUCUGCUUGCUGUGCAGUUUAAAAGACUAAGAGAUGGAGACAGGUUCUGGUAUGAAAAUCCUGGUGUUUUCACUCCAAGCCAACUGACACAAAUCAAGCAGACUUCCCUUACACGAGUCAUCUGUGAGAAUAGCGACAACAUUACCAGGGUGCAACCUGAUGUCUUCAAGGUGGCUGAGUUCCCUCAUGAAUACAUCAGUUGUGACGAAAUUCCCAAAAUGGACUUGAGAAUGUGGCAAGAUUGCUGUGAAGAUUGCAGAACUAAAGGACAGUUUAAUGCCCUCUCUUAUCAUUUCCGUGGGAGACGUUCUGUAGAACACAGUCUUCUUGAAGAGGCUCCAGUUAAAGUGAAUAUGUUUUCUAGUUCAAACACAAGUGACAUAAACACAAUCAGGAAUGAAUCACUGUCUGAAAAUCCAAUAAAAACCAAGACUGGAAAUGACUUUAAUGAUUUUCAAGAAUUUGUACUAGAAAUGCAGAAGACUAUAACCAGUCUUCGAAAGCAAAUUAAGAAACUUGAAACUCGUUUGAGUAAAACUGACUGCACUGAUGAGAGUGGGAGAGAGCGUACUAACACAGAAAAAUGGAAAAAGGACUCUUGUACCACAUGUGAAUGCAGAGAAAGUCAAGUCACUUGUUUUGUAGAGUCUUGUCCAAAGGUGGAAUGUGAAAAGCCAGUGAAGCAUAAAGGAGCUUGUUGUCCAGUCUGCCAGAACUCAUCAGCACACCAUGCCACAAAUGUGUAAAGCCAGAAAUGGCAACAAGCCCUAAACAAAAUAGCUCUUUUUAUUCAGUAAUAAAAUAAAUUAACCAGCCCACAAAAUACAAGUGUUCCAGAACAAUUGCCAGUUUUUUUGAGUGGACAAAAGUAGAAAUGAUGUACCUGUAACCAACAGAAAUGCAUCUGACUCUGCCUUAAGCCCUCAAGAUUCAGUGUCAUGGGACUCCUACAAUUCCAAGGUGUCUGUCUUCGCUUUACCUACACACAUGGUCAUAAAAGAGAGAAUCACACUGUAAAUGGUAUUAAAGGGAAGUGAAUACUUACAUUGACAGGGUGAUUUUAAAUUUUGUCUGCAAUAUUUUAUAUUGUUAAAAGCUUUCUCAGGUUAGAACUACCAAAUAUUGGUGCUAUGUGUUGUUGUUUUUUUUUUUCUUUUUUACAUUUUACAUAAUUAACAGUGUAGCUAAGUUCAUCCUUACAAAUAUAUUCAUCAUGUGCCUUUAAUCUAAAAAUUGCAUUUGAAAAAAUAUUUGAAUUAAUCUGAACACAUAUUAUGGAAGCAGGACCUUCAAUCACUUGGAGCUUCUUUGACAUUAUUCUUUGUAUUAUCUGCUUAAGUAUGAUGAAAAUGUGAAAAAACAAACAUAUUGUAUGCAAAAAAAAGUCUACUGAUUUUUUUUCUCCUUAGUGUACAUUUUAUCUUCAAACGAUCAGUUAAUAUUUUUAAUUGAUAAUAACUGAUUUUGUUCAAUUAUUUUUCAAUAUGAUUUGGUUAUGGAGCAUUUUAACUGUGGCCAUAUUUAAUUAACCAUGCUUAACUCUAUUACAGAAAUAAUGAUUAAAAAAAGAAAUGGAAAGGUGUCACUAUGUGCCAUUUCAAAGCUAGAGAGUUACAACAUUGUGCACAUUUGCCAAAUUGCAAAAUAACUGAAAUACCAAAACAGUAUUGAGAGAUAAAUGUAAGUGCUGUGAGUGAUGUUUGCUAAAAGAGUUUCAGUUUAUUUGAAGAAAAGUAUCGAUACCUCAGAACAGGCUACUCUGUGGCUCUCAAAAAGCUCUGGAAUGAAAUGUUCACGUGACCACCCAGGUCCUGAUCAUGCACAUUAUAUUCUCUUUAUUCAUUAUUCUGCGUCAUCAUUCUAGCAGUAGCCAUAACAAUCUCACUCAUAUUUGCUUUUUUUUUUUAAACACAGCAGGAAGUGAAGGGGGGUGUAAGGGAGUUAGUGCAAACUAGAUGUGUGGAAAGGGAUACAGAUGCAAUUGUUACACCUGUAAUCUUAAAUGUGUACUGUCUUGCAGUGAAUAUGGUUUUGUUUAAGUAAUAUGAAGUAAAGGGUUCCCCUUCAAUUACAAAUGUUAGGAAUGCCAGGGUUAGAACAAAAAUAUGUAAAUAUUAAACCUAUAGUAAGUGCCUGUGGAAGUUUGCCUAGUGAGAAACUGUCGUAUUUUACCUGUAGGUUCAUUUAGCAAUAAUGAAUGAGUUUUUAUACUGUAACAUCAUGUUUUACCUUUUACUAUAUUAUUUCCCAUUUAUUUACAAAUGUUUGUAUGAAUAAUUUCAAAUGAUAACUGCUCAACUGUUGUUCCUGUGGGCGUGUUUUUUCCCCAAUUUGCAGGACUGGAAGUAUUUUGUUUUUCUUCUAUUCCAGUCUCUCUCUCUCAGAGUAAUCAUCAUCUACCUCUACAGUAUAGUUCCUUGUCAUGUUAAGUCGGGUAUCGGCUUAUAUUUGUUGUAGCAAAUGUUUGCAUUUUAAAACCUAAUCAGAAAAUUGGGUAAUAUUCACUUUCAUUUUGUUAAUUGUACACUGCCACAUGCUUUUUUCAGUACAGUACCAGGUGAUCUGAAAAGACUCAAUAUGUUAUGCGUAGGCUGUUUAUUCAGGGCUUUUAUACCAAUGACCUGUUCUCUGCCCAGUCACUAAAGAACGCACUGUUGUGCCAAACUGAACAUGUGUUAGCUACACUGUGUUAAAAGACUAAAAAAGAAUUACUUUUGAUAUUGUAUUAUAAAACAAUUUGCCAAAGAUGUUUGCACUGUAGUGCCUCUCAAAAAUAAAAGGCCACUUUUAAAGGAAA